GCAGCUUCUUGCGUUGAGAGCAAGCUUUGGAAGAUAAACUUGGAACGUCCAACAUCGUGUAAGAGGGUUCCUGGAGGUCUAUUGCACAAAAUGCGGGGAGUUCUGCGGUCUGCACAAUCACGUGGAGUGAGUGCACUGAAAUAUCGUUUCUCCUGAUGUACAAUUAGAGGUUGCGUCUCGCAAGGCGUGCAUUAGAACGAAUGCAACUUCUGCCUCCUCUGGCCUUUACUUUACUUUCUCUAUAUUUGCAAAUAAUGACAGGUGAAUUGUCGUGUCGCGCAGGGGUCCUUGGGCAAUCCAGGUGGAUUGUAGCGUCCCAGCCACAUAACAUCCAACAUCGAUUCUUCGUUCUGGCAAUCCCCUACCCUACCUUCGUACUUCAUACGGAAUAUCUCACCAUAACUCACACCAUCUCUCUCCAAAUACCUUGGAAUCAGUUCCACCGAAAUAUCCUCUUUUUCGAAACAUUGCAAUUCCGUACUGAAAAUUUGGAUCACCAGUCGCGGGGUCUUCUAUCAGAAUUUCGCGUCAACUCGAACAUGCCAACGUUACCAGCACAUCUCAGAGCGAUUCGUGUCCCUCAGUCUCGUCUGGAGGCCUGGAAAUUAUGCAAAACACAUGGCGGCAAGUGUCGGAUAGGACUGCGCUUCGAUGCUCAUCAAGCAAACAGACUCACAGUCAUUCGUGACAAGAUGUCAGCUUCGUUUAGUUCCAAUAAACCCCACCGGAAGUCGCCACAAAUCACGAUGCCCAUGUUUUUUUGACUUCCCAGGAUCCAGUCCAACCUUCUGCAGAGAGGUGCUCGAACAGUCUGCUAAAUCUCAAUCACCGUUCAAGAUCUCUUUUCGAAGCAAAUUGAUUGAUAGGACGGCAUUUAACCUUCCAUGUUCAAUAUUGUUGUCUCCUGAGGGCAAGGAGUUCAAUGUCGCAUUCGGACAUCUGCGAUCAGCUUUUCUAUAUACCAGAUAUAAGAUACCAGACUUUAUACAAGGCCAACACUCUUGGUAGAGUCCAUAUACCUCGAGUCAACAUACUGAUCGGCGUAUCUAAAGAAACUUCUGAGACGGCUCUCGCCCU